AUGUCUUCAUCACUGGAAAGAGCACUCCUCCGUCACCAAGUCUUUUCUCAAGGACCGAGUCUUGGGCAUCUGCUCAAACUAUAUCUCGAUACUCAAGACAUUCUGAACCUGAGGCUAACCUCUCUUUCGAUGAAUGACCUUGCUGAGCUCAACGAGGUUGCUUUUGAGACCAUCUACAUCCACACGCCUGUGCCUCACGGACGGAAACAGUACACGGAUACACUCAAGAUGAUCGGGUCCUUUUGCCGACGAGUUAUGGUCAAAGUUGCGUACCUGCCGAAGUCAUGCUAUCCAACAGGAACACCUUCUCUCAGCACAAAUGUGUCGAGCCCGCGCUCUAGCAGUGAAAGCGAUACAGUCUCCAACAUUCUUGACUCGUACUGCCCAUAUGCCGAGCCGCCUAUCGCAUGGAAAUUCGUUGUUCAGAGGAAACCUAGCGAUGUUGACCAGAACCUACUUCAACAGUGGUGUGAGAUUUUCAGGCUCUUGCCACAACUAGGUACUGUUCACAUUGCUUGCAAUGGUGAUCCCGCUUGGCCUGGCUGCACUGAUAUCGAGUCUGCGCUUAUCAUGUUACGCAUUACUCUCGAGCGUGUCAACCCCAAGCAUAUACAUACGGUGUGUCUAUCUCCCAUCCAUGCUAUGGGCAUCAUGCACCUUCGUUGGGCAGGAGCUGGCGCAUACGGCGAAGCAUGCGCUUCAACAAAUCCCUUUUGGUACCGGUUGAAGACACUGAAGCUAGGAAUCUUUAGUCCUUACGCUGAAGGCCGAUUGACCAAAUGCCAGAUACUGCUUUUUGAGAAGAUCUUCACAGACUAUCUACUGAGCUUCAGCAAAACGUUGACUAGGCUUGAUUUGUCGUGGUUCGGCGAGGCAGGUCCAGAUCCGUUCAAUGUGGGAGAAGAUCACCAGACCAUGAAGUUGACGAAGACCUGGAACAGACUUGAGGAGUUGCGGCUCGUUAAUGUGACUUUGAACGGCAGCAAUUUGAACAUCACACAGCUGGCUCCACGUAUUCGGAAGCUCACGAUCGCUGGGGGUACCGCAAAUGCCGGGGACCAAGUGCUGCGUAAGCAUUGGCAAGAUCAGAAGCCUGGAGGCCAGGAUAAUGAUAAUGCAAGUUGGAUGAGGUCCCGAGAUGUGCGUAUCUCAGCGAUUCCUGAGCCUCUCUUUCAGCAUCAUCUUGCAUGA